AUGGAUUUUGGUUCGUAUUUACCACGGCUCGCGCGACUCGGCCGCCAAAGACUGUUCCAAUCUCCCUUGUCACGGACAUUUACAAGCCGCACGCCACUGCAAUCGAUCACGAACCCCCCCCAUGGAUGGACACCAACGCCGUUUGUGACGGAAACAGUGGGAGGAGGUUGGCACACGUACGACAUCUUCUCUAGAUUAUUAAAGGAACGAAUUAUCUGUUUGAAUGGCCCCGUCGACGAUACCCUCUCCGCGACCAUCGUGGCCCAACUGCUCUUCCUGGAAGCAGACAACCCCCAGAAGCCGAUCCAUUUAUAUAUCAAUUCCCCGGGCGGGUCGGUCACAGCUGGCCUCGCCAUCUACGAUACAAUGACCUACAUCGCCUCGCCCGUCAGCACGAUCUGCGUCGGCCAAGCGGCCUCGAUGGGUUCACUGCUGCUCUGCGGCGGACACCCGGGCAAACGGUACUGCCUGCCUCACUCGUCGAUCAUGAUCCACCAGCCGUCCGGCGGCCACUUUGGCCAGGCGUCGGACAUUGCAAUCCACGCGAAGGAGAUCCUGCGCGUCCGCCACGAGCUGAACAAGAUCUACAAGCGCCACCUGACGGGGAAGAAGGAGCUCUCGCUCGAUGAGAUCGAGAAACUGAUGGAGCGCGACUACUUUAUGGGCGCUGGUGAGGCGCUGGAGUUGGGUCUUGUCGAUGAGAUUCUCGACCGCAGAGUCAAACCGGAUGAGAAGCUUAGUUGAACAUAAUUCAGACGCUAGUGAACAAUCUACGACUCGAGUAGAGGUUAUCUUAUUAUUUAAUUAUGUAGACAACUAUAAAUAGAUAAACUUAACAAACUUAGGUAGGUAACUAGGUAGAGUGGAUAGAAAGACAUGCAGAUCAGGCUACUCGACAUGUUCGACGGCUGCUUUAUCCCCCACUUCCAAAUCAUGUACCUCGAUUGACUUCUCCAGGGCUCUCCUCGUGUGGCCGAUAUCAAGGUGCGAGAUUCCCUGCGCGCGCAGGGUCUCCAGCUGACGCGCCUCUUCGAUCUCCGCGUCGCGUUCCUCUUGAGUCAUCUCGGGCCCGAC